UUGCCAUCUUGAAUGUGGAAGUUGGAAAGGAAAACUGAUCUUUUUCCGUCUCAAAUAUGAUGACAGAAGGAAUGAACAAGAACAAAUGUAGCUGUUGAUGCUAGCUACACCUGACCAGACUUAAAAUGCAGAACCAUCCAGGUCAGCAUGCCAGUCGUCCAGGGUCCAGUCCAAUACAACUUCCAAAUUCUCCACUUUUGUCACCAAAUCCAGGAGUGGCAAAUUUCUAUCAACAACUGUCACCAGGUGGGACUAUGAGGGGCCCUAUGACUGUCCAAUCACCAAUCCCUGGGGGACAGAUUCCUCAUCUGGUUCCUAGUGGGGCCUUUCGCCAGCCCAUGGGACAGCCAGUGCAGCAGAUUAUUAGUCCCACCACACCCAUUUCCAUGGGAAUGCCUCUUAACUCCAACAUCUUUCAUGUGACAACUAUGGCUGGACCAACUCCAGUGUUUGCAGCAUCUCAGCAGGGCAUGACACAAUUUCAGCCAAUUUUUCUCAAUGGCCAACAAGCAGCCAUCAUAAACUCUGUCCCAGGUAGCCCUGGAGGUAUUGGUAUCCUGGGAGGCACACAGAACAGUGGCAUUCCUACAGGACUGUUUACAGCAGGCCCUCCACCAGGGGGACACAACCCUGUACAAACACUGCAGCAUCAACCCAUUCAAUAUUUAAAUGCACCAAUUUCACCUGCCAGUCAUGGUCCCCCGUCCAGGCCAGGGUCCUUUCCGGGGACCGAUACAGAUAUGCCAACAGACCUUAGUAAAAAGACUCCAUCAGCAUCCAAAAGUAAUACUCCAGACCUGCCACCUGUAUUAGUCCCAGUCACUAGCUCUAGUUCAAAACCAAAUACUCCUGUUCCUGUUACUGACAAACCGAUUGUAGAAACCAGUAAAAAGGAUCCUAACAGUAGGGAAAAGUCAGUAGAAGAAAGCACCAAAAAGUCAGACUCCAAUAUUACCAGCAACACAGAAGAAACAAAGGGAGAUCAAUCUAGUCCACAAAAUAGCUCCAAAUAUGAUAAUAUUGACACAGCUGAUUAUACAGAAGAUGGGGUUCCAGUAGAGUAUGCUGAGCCCGAGUUUGUAUGGGAGGAGUACCUUCAGGAGACAGGGGCUUCUGCAGUUCCCCCUACAGCAUUUAAACAUGUGGAAUGUAGUCUUGAGAGUGGUUUUGUGAAAGGCAUGAAGCUGGAGGUUCCUAACAAGUGUCACACAGACACCUACUGGGUAGCCUCAGUCAUCAUGACAUGUGGUCCAUUACUACGGCUACGGUACGAUGGGUACGAGGAGGACACAACAGCAGACUUUUGGUGUGACCUUAUGACCUCUGAAAUCCAUCCCAUUGGCUGGUGUGCACAGAACAAUCAGAUAUUGCAACCUCCAGAAGCCAUUAAAGAUAAGUUUGAAGAUUGGAGGGAGUUUUUGGUCAAAUCACUAACUGGGGCCAGAACAGCCCCUUCCUACCUUCUUGAUAAGAUGACUGGCAUUACCCCUAUUGACCAACUAAAGCAAGGCAUGAGGCUGGAGCUACAACAUCCUAUCAACCCCAUGGAGAUUUGGCUGGUCAAAAUUAUAGAAAAUGUGGGUGGCCGACUGUAUCUGAGGUUUGAGGGAGCUGACACUGCUGCUAAUGACUUCUGGCUCUUUUACCUUAACCACAGAUUACAUCCCAUUGGCUGGGCUAAAUCAAACGCCUACAGAUAUAAUCCACCUAAAGAACUCUUCAGUGAACAUUCUGAACAGGAAUGGAUGCAGAUUCUGGAAAAAGCUUUACAAGAGUCGGAGAAUAUGAUACUACCACUGGCCAUAUUUAAGGACCAGGUAGAAAUCGUCCAUCAUAGUUUCCAGAAAGGAUGGAAACUUGAAGCUUUGAACCCGAUCACACGUAACCAGAUUUGUCCUGCUACAGUGGUAGACAUCCUUGACAAGAAGUACUUCCUAGUUGAACUAGAUGACCUACAGUCUACAGAUCCACAUUUCCGUAUACGGUUCUCAUGCUACUCUGAUUCCAAAUGUAUAUUUCCUGUCAAUUGGUGUCACUACAAGGGACUUAAACUUACUGCUCCUAAAGGUUGGCCUAAGGUGGAUUUUAAAUGGAAUGAGUAUCUGGAAUACAUUCGUGGAAAGGCUGCUCCAGAAUCCUGUUUUAAUCUGGACAAACCAGAUCAUCAGUUUGAACGAGGAAUGAAGUUAGAAGCUGUCAAUCCUGAAAACCCAAAUCUUAUAUGUGCUGCAACGAUCACGAAGAUAUUGGAGCCACUGGUUUGGAUUCACCUAGAUAACAGUGCACGAGUAGUGGCCAGUCAUAUAGAACAUGUUGAUUCACACAACCUGUUUCCUGUUGGCUGGUGUGAGAGUAAUGGCUACCAACUAAAGCCACCAAGGAAAACUGGACUUAAGGGACGUCCACAGAAACGUGUUGCUGUAGUUCCCCCAGGGCUUCCAGACAACCUCACUGAUGAAGCUUACACACAGCUAAAGAAUGGGGAUAGUGCAGGAAAUGCUUGGUGUCCAAAGAUCUAUUACAAUCAUCAGUGUUUUUCUGGCCCCUACCUCAGUAAGGGUCGCAUAGCUCUACUCCCCAAGUGUGUUGGCCCAGGCCCUAUCUCCCUGGUGAUGAAGGAGGUGCUUUCCAUGCUGAUCAAUGUUGCCUACAAGUCUUGUCGAGUCCUGAGAGAGCUCCAGGUAGAGGGCAAAAUCAACCCCAACAUGAUGCAGCAAUCACUCAAAGCCAAGUAUAAGGGAAAGAGUUAUCGUGCUAUGGUAGAGAUCUGUCGGACCACAGACCAACUGGAGGAUUUCUGUCGGUCCGUUUGUAUCAAACUGGAAUGCUGCCCAAACCUCAUCAGUCCAAAUUUUGUCAAUGGCAGCUGUCCUGAAUCAUGUGCCCAACUCACCAAGACCAAAUACACUUACUAUUAUGGAAAGAAGAAGAAGAAGCUAGGGCGACCACCUGGCGGGCACACAAACUUGGAACAUGGUCCAAAAAAACCUGGAAAACGUGGCAGAAGAAGAAAGAUAAGACUGUUGCAUUUAAAUGAGGCUCCAUUAGGUUUGCUGCCAAGUUUAGAUAAAGAGGAGGAGAAUGGUGAGGAAGACAAAGAUAGCGUAGCUAGUGAUACCCGCACUGUUGACAGCAGUGGUACAAAUGACUCAACUGAGAAAAUAAUCAAACGCAAAUCAGGAAAGUAUAAUAAUAAAAGGAAAUAUACUCAUCAUCUUCCCCCACCAUCAGAGAUUAAAACAAGAGGUGCUAAAAUGCCAAAAUACAGUUUUGAGCGAAGAACUCAUAAGAAGAUUCUCAUAACUCCAGGAUCAUCACCCGUAAAAUCCCUUAAUCAUGGCAAGGGACAAAGCUCGAAGCUGAUACAUUCCCACAGUAGAGUGAUGAAGGAAGAAAAGAAGGAACCUAAAGAAAUCCUGCAUUUGGAAUCCAACCCACUGAAUUGGUCUGUGACGGAGGUGGUGAAAUUUAUCAAAACCACUGACUGUGCUCAUCUAUGUCGACUUUUCAAAGAUCAGGAAAUCGAUGGUCAAGCCCUGCUGUUAUUAACCCUCCCAACUGUACAGGAACAUCUGGAGCUCAAACUUGGACCAGCCAUCAAACUUUGCCAUCAGAUUGAAAAAGUCAAGAUUGCUUUCUACGAUCAGUAUGCUAAAUAGUCUUGUGUUGAAAAUUCAGAUACUAUCAACAACAUUACUGCUUCAAAGCAUACUGAAGAUAUGUUUACUGUAUCAUAAUGUGACUUGUUACUGAACAGUCACUUACAACGAAGUACAAGUAUCAUUUCAAGUGACAAAUGAAAUAUAUCUUCUAUUUUUUCCAGUAUGCCAAAAUCAAUUAGCAUGCCAUUAAGAUUUUUCAGGUCACUUAUAUGCAGGGGUGACUGGUAUGGUGUUAGUCAUUUUUGAGAUUACUGUGUAUUGUGUUGAUAUCCAGCAACUUUUGAAUGUCUGGGACAGCAUGUUGUGACAGGAAAUACUAGAUUAUAUACCCCUAGUCCUUCAUGUGUGUAACUGUGCUAUAUAGUGAAAAGUCAAUUUCAGAAUGUUACAAACAACAUAGCAAUGUGUCGUGCAUCUUUACAUUAUCUAGAAGAAAUGGCUAUGUGUGUCAAUACAUCCUCCAAAUAAAUUUGUAUGCAUUUAGCAAGAACUAGAAAUCCAAUUCUCAGUCCCGCUCAGUGGAGGGUUGUGUCAUCACUUAUUGUAUCAGGGAAUGUAAUCAGAAGAUUAUCUUAAAUUGCUCAAUAGAUGAAGGGUGACUUUGGGAAGACAGCCUGUUGUAGAGCAGGUCUCUUAGAAACGAAUUGUGGAAGCUGGUAUUGGAACUCCUAGAGGAGAACAUGUGAUGGACUGAGCUUACAUAGUGAUGUGAAACUUUUUUAUCAGGUUUACAUGUUGAUUUGUACAUAGUAGAUUGAAAGUGAAUGUUUUAGGAACAAAAAGUAGGUUGUGUCAUUUGACAUCAAACAUUAUUUAUCUUGUGUUGUCCAAUUCCACUCAGUUUUAAAUUUGAAUGAACAGAUUAUAAAUACGAUAUGAAGUCAAAAUUAUGAUGUCAGCUUUAAGUUACUUGUUAAAUUGAAUUUCUUUAAUCAAAUUUAGAUUAGUGAAAAAAAAUGAUGAGAAAGAAUAAUCAAAUUUAGAUUAGUGAAAAAAAUGAUGAGAAAGAACUCUUGUAACGGAUCUAAUUUCUGUUUAUGAAAUCUUUCUAGAUAUGACAGAAAUGAUAUUAAGAUUAGAAUAGUUUUUUUACGUACAUUAGCAAUGAAUAUUUUUCAGCAGUGUACACUGGCAAUUCAUUCUCCCUUGCAUUUCUCUGUAAAGGUGAUCAUUUUUACAGCACCUUUUCCUUUCAGAGAGACUGGUCCUUCAUCAAGUUUACGGUGAUCAUGUACCAUGUUGAGGUACAUGUAUGUAGAUAUUGGUCCAGAGGUCGUAUAUACAAAAAAUGUAUAUAUAGCAUAUGCUUGCCAUAGUAUGUGCAAUACGUUACUGUUCAUGACAUGUUGCAGGUUUUCAGCAUUAAGAACAAAUAGGUCAUUGAAUAUGUGCUAUUGUUUUGCUGAGGAUUUACGCUCAUUUCUAGUAGAUUUAUUGUCUCUUUGUGUCUUAAGUGCUUUUCAUGUGCAUGUGAUGCUAUAAGUAUGGAGUUUAGUAUAUUGGAAAACAAAUAGUAAAUCAGUUUUUGCCUUUUUUUUAUCAGCUUUCCAUGCCAGGGCCAAGUAAGAGUGUCACUGUAGUUCAAUUACUUCUUUUCCAAUAUGGAACUUUACCGGUAUUUAAGAAUUAAAUUGUUGUUAGAUUAAGCUGUUUGGUGAAAGCAAAGCCAGCACUACUAUAUCUAAUUAACUUUGUUUAUAAACAAAGACAUUUUUGUUUUCAGUUGUAUAGAAUAUAUGUGUGUACCUUUAUCUGAAUUACAGAUCUCAUCUAAAUGUUUUUAUCAUAUGCCAGAAUUGACUGUUCUGUGGACUGAUUGAACUUGUUUGAAAAGCAUAAUUUACUCAAAAAUAUAUAAAACAUCUUGUACCUGUAUACUGUGUGAAUUUGUUUCAUAUUUUGUAGAUUGAGAAUUAGAAUGUUUUCAAUCAUUAUUUUGAUCUGCAAGAGAAACUUCCAAAUAUAAAACUACUCAAACACAGAUAUAAUAAGUGCCAUCAAGAGUUUGACAUUUGAACAUUUGAGAUUCGCCACUUCUUACCUACAUUUGAAUAGCCUACAGGUGCAGUUACGUGUAGCUUGUAUUUUGUACUAAUUACUAAGGGAGAUACUGUUUUAAAUGUGUACUUAUCAAAGGAAAACACUUAUUGUGUAAAAAAAUCUAAUUACCAGCUGGUCAUGAGAUUUUUUAGUCCGAAUUUUUAUAAUCUUUAUAAAAUUUGAAUCCAACAGUCGGUCUGAAUCGGACAUAAUUUUUGUUUUUGCAUGUAAAAAUCAAAUUAAAAGUAAUUGAUAAGUUUAUAUUUGUUAAUUAAUAUAAGAAGAAGUGUAGAAGAAGAGUAGAAGAAGAGUAGUGAAUGAUUUAUAUAUAUUUAGAAUGAUAAAUCAUUUGUGUUUGGACUACUUUUGAACAAGAUUGAGAUUUGAUAAUUUCUGUGAAACAAGUGUGUUGUUAUUGUUGUAUAUUGGUAAUAUACAACCUGUGUAUUAUUGUGAGUUAAAAUAUCAUGUAGAUGGUAGAUCUGUUCAGAGUGCCAAGAUUUCCUUUUAUUGUUUUUGUUUUUUUAAUUUAUGAGUUGUUAUGUAUAUGAGGGUAGUGUACAUACACAAUUAUACAAUUAUGUACACAUGUUAAUGCAGGUGAACUAAUUGUUCAUUCAGCGAAACUGUUGACAAUUUCUACAUGUAACAAGAAAAUUGUUAUACAAGCCGAGUGAAAUAGGAAAUGAUGUAGCUAUUAAUAUAUCAAUUUUGGGAAUUAUGUAAUGAUUUAUGUACAACAAAGAUUUUUUAAUGUGAUUGGAUAUGACAGGUUUUGUUUGAUUGAUGUGCUUCAUGUCAAACAGAACAUAACUUCUUCGUUGUACAUUUUACUGUUGACGAUAAACAGAUGAUAAUGUACACGAGAUUGGGGGGAUUUUUUCCUUCUUUCAUAAGUGCUAAAGGUUUCAUCCCUGCGUUUUUUUUUUUUGUAUUUCACUAAUGUUACCAUGCCUAAUUUGACAUCAAAGUCUCAAUUAAUUUUCAACUUUUGAUUAAACUUCUACCUUUAAGUUAGAUAUUUAAAUGAUUAUCUUUAAGCUUCAGCUAGCAUCAUCUCCACCAUAUGGGAAUGAAAAAUUCACUGCUAUAGAAAACUAGCUUUGUGAUUUGUGUUGAGCCAAGAAUAUAAGAGUAAUGUGUGUGUAUAGGGCAUUGUUUUAGAUGUUUAGUAACCAGAUAUACUGGUAUACAGGUGUCUUCAAAGUUACAAAGAACAUAUAACGGUAAAAAUGCUAAAAGCUUUGCAUCAUCUAUUAAUUGUAUGUACUUAUGUCCGAUUUUGUCACUUUGUAUUUGUGAUAGGUCCAAGAAAGUGAUCCAAUGAGAAGUCCACUCAAUUGAGCUAAAUAGUAUUAGUCUUGGGGAAGUGUCUCACACUGGUUAGCUUGAUACUGAACUGCCAGUGAAUAGAAUAUUCAACAUUUGAAGAAAAAAAAGAGCAUAUUAUAACCCUUAAUUUUCAGUCUUUAAAUACAGUAAAACUUUUUUUAAGACAAACAGGCUUAAUACCAACUUCUGCUUGUAACAAAGUAAAUUUAAAUCCCAAACUGGUUUCAAUCUCAUAUAUUUUAGAAUCCUAUAAAGAAUUCUUGAUAUAACAAAUAUUUUCUCUAGUCCUAUGGAAUUUGUUGUAAACAAGUUUUACUGUUACAGUACAUGAAAAUCAUGCAAUUCACCAAGCAGUUUUUAUUUAUUUUCGUUACAAUUUAUUGGUAGAAAUAUGGUUUUGAAGAUUAUGUGAUGUACAGCCAGAAUUAUUUGUAUAUAUUGUGCCAUUAGAAAAGGUUAUUUAAGUUAUUGGUAUAUUUCACUGCAUGUGCAUGUUACUAGGAAAGUAGCAGAUAGGAUUUUAUGGAUGUUGCUAGGUAUAGAUGUGAACUCACAAAAUUUGAUGGAUUAUUCAAAGUUAUUAAUGAUAAGAGUGAUUUAAUUAGAUAGAUACAUUCCGUAUCUUUUAUUGACAGUAUGGUUGGCUGAAUAAAUGACAGCUGUAUAAAGGUUGAGUCGACUCUCCGUCAUCUCCAUAUUUUAAAUUUAAAGAGCUGGGACUGCUUCAGGAACUUCAUUUAUAAUAAUCAUUUGUAAUGAAAUAUAUGUAAUUUACAAGCAAAACAAUUAUUGGUCUUUAUAAGCUCUGUAUUCAUUUUAAGAAAAUCUGUCGACAAGAUACCUAGAAAUGGCUUUCAUUAUUUGCGCUCUGUAAUUAUAAUAUACUCUUCCCGUUGUGUUCGGUAUAGAUAUUGACCACUGUACAGGGAUUUUUACAAUCUUUGACAGGUAAAUCCUUGUUACCUUUGGUAUGGCGUUUGUCAUUUUGUCUGUUUGUGAGCAGUUGUUGCUUGUCAUCUCUAAAUCUCUUUUGAAGGUCAUUGGAUGAAACUUAGAUGUUUAAAGAUCACGGCUGUUAACAAUACAUAUACAUUAUGCUUACUAAAUACAUGUACAUGUAUAUGGUCAUGAAGCAUAGCAGUAUUGGCGGAAUCAUAUGGAAAGAUUACAUAAAGAAAAACCAAGGUCACAGAGGUCAUAGUUUGUUUUCUUCACUGGCAAAUAAUGUUAUUUAUAUUCAUAACCAAAUUAUUUAAAAAAUUUAAAAAAUUAAAAAAAAAAAAAAAACAGGCAAGAAAUUGUGAUACCAGAGGUCAUGUCUUAUAAUUUGUGGGAUAUGUUUUGACUCUAUUCGGGGUCUUAACUUUUCAUUUGAGGUUUUAUGAUUAUAUUGAUGUCUGAUAUUUCACCAAUCAUGAAUAGUAGAUAUAGAAAAAAAGGCCACGUGUCCAGACUCAUAUAGAAUUCAUACAGUAAGAUCGGUAGACUUGGGGUGACAUGUUACAUUAAAUAUUGUACCUGAGUUUGUACUGGAGUUUCCUCCUUUAAAUUGUGAUUGUUAAAAUAUAUCAAAUGAUUCAAAACUAAAUGUCAUUUCUUUUAACAUUUUGAAUUUGUCUUUAUCAGCUUUUGAUUAUGUCUAGUUUGCAAUUGAUCAGAUACUUUCUACAUUUCUUUUGAUUGAACUUUUUCGAGAAGGCCUGUGAUUGAUAGGACAGUAAUUUCUCCCGUACUCACAGGCGAAUCUCCGGUUUUUGGUACGUAGGGAACAGACAAAUCUGUCUUUACCAGGGAAGGGAAAAGACAGCUGACACACGCUAUGAUGUCAUAGUGAUGAAUUGUUGAAGUAAUGUCACUAUUGUUUUCAUACAGUAUUGUUGUGAUUGGUAUUCCCCUGUUACAAUCCGAGGGAUAUUGGUUGAUUGGAGAACAAUUCAGAUUGAUAUUUAUUCUGAUUGGGAUUUGUUGAUUUGUAAGUAUGGGAGAAAAGUAAUCAAACAUGGGCAUGUACCAUGGACAGGGAUAUCCCAACCCUCAUGUAAGAGUUUGGCAAGCCAGCUCUCAGCAAGCCUCAUGCUGGCCAGCCAAGCUCUUACACUCGGGUUGAGAUUUUCCUUUCCAAGGAACAGACCCAUGUAAGAUUUUAUUAGUCCGAGGAUAGUAAGCUACAGAAAGGAAAGUGAUCAUUUACUGAAGUUUUAUUUCUACAUCAUUUGUCUAUCUGAUCCUGUAUAUACAAUGUAAUUAUAAUUGCUACAAUCAAUCUUGUUAAGAUUUUUGGUUCAGUUAUAAUGUGUAUAAGUUGAAUUAAAUAAAACUUGUUAUUGUUCCAAAUCCUGCUGAAUUCUUAAAUAAUUGAUAUUUUCCAUUUUUUACCAAUUAUCUGCUGUAUUGUUGAUUAUAAAUUGCACAUUAAAUUUAAGGGAACUUAUGUCUCUUUUUCCAAAUUAGAUAUAUUAUAGAGGUACAUAGAAAAAGAUAUGUAGUUAUUGUAUACCUGAAUGUAUACAUAUGUGAUACAGUUUGAUACUAAUUUCAAUUACAUGAUUGUCAUAGGUGCAGUUUAAUAUUUCUCAUAAUUCAAAAAAAUGUUGCAAUAUUCAUUAUCUAAAUAAUUAAUUUCCAUUCACUAGUAAUGUAAAAAGAUUGAACACUUUUACGUAUGAUUGAAAAUCAUCUUAUUACAAAAAUCAAAAUGCAGUAACCAAUAAUCAUCAUCAUCCAGACAUGAAUGGCUGUAGUAACAGUACUCAUUGCCAUAGUCAUAUUUUCUAUUGGUUCUAUUACACUAUAAAGAUCAUGUCUAUAUUGAGGAGAAAUGACAUCGAUAUCAUGCGAUUCCAUACCAGUAAUCAAAUUAUGACUAAUAUUUUUAUUGUACAUUCUUUAUGAAUGAAUAUAAAGUCUAUUGAUUUUUGUGUAUAUUGUUUGUAAUAUAAAGAGGUAUAUGAAGGGGCGUUAACAAUAUAUAUAUGUGAGUAGAUGUACAGUUGCUAAAAUAGGUCGUGAUAUUGUGUGUCCUAUAUAUAAUUUGUGAUAUGUUCCUCCUGUGAAACACUUGUAUUUUGUAGUAUAACAGUGUAAACAUGUAAAAUAGGUGCUACCAUGUUGAGAGUUUACCAGCGUUAGAUAUCCACCACACUUGUUCCUUUCACUCCCGGGAUUCCUUGUUUCCUUCACUAGGUAAAUUCCUAAGGGACCACAAUGCACCCUGCGACAGAUUAUUCUUGUUCAGGAGAUUUUGCUGACGUGGUAUGAAAUUUUUUUUCAUAUGUUGUAUAAUUUUGAAAACUUUUAAAUUUUUUUCCAUUAUUCUAGCCCUUUGUGUGUUUCAUUAUGAAUGUAUUUGGUAGAAUGCAUGUAGAUAAGGGAAAAGUCAAUACUCUGCUUUAAGUAGACCAUUCUUUGUUCGUAAUCUGGUGUUGAAGUUCCGUGUUGUCAUGUUUUACAAUUCAAUGAUAAAAAUGUAUUUUGUGAUCUUUUGUUUGUCUUCAAUGACUCCAAAAAUUUAACCAGUUUGAUGAAGGAGUCUGAACUUUUCACUACAUUGUCAAAACAUUAUUAUUUUGAAUUGUCAUCAUUAGCGGGAAGACUAACGGUGGUAACAAAGAUUUUAACAUUUUUUAAAGCAUCAUUUUGAAGAAAUAUUAAAAAUACAGCUUUCUACAUGCAAAACUGAUGUCAUUUACAGUGAAAUUUUGAUUAUCAUCCCGAUUAACUCAUUAAUUGGCUUACUUGAAAUUUUCCCCUUAGAUAUGUUUAUAUUAAAAAACCAAUCUAAUAAAAUAAUUUGUUCACACUAGAGAUUAAGUCUAUAUGUUAAAAUCAUACUGUGUUAACAAACAUUGGUAGAGAGGAAUCCAAUAGUACAUGUUAUGAAGUCAUUGACUAGAUUUUAUAGAGUAGAAGUGAUUUACAGUAGAUAUACAUGUGUUCAUGAUUUCUGGAGACAUUGCCUACAGGUGAGGUAGCCUGUACCAUAGUAGGUAGGCAUCUCCAUAUUAAUCCAAAUACUGAGGCAGCAGAAUAAUACCCUUGGUUCUGUGUGAGGUUAUAUUAUAUAGUCAUAACUUAUGGUGCAAGUGCCAAUUUUGUUUUUUCCUUUGUCAUUCCAUCUUGGAGUAAAACGUUUCAAAAUGUGA